AUUGGAAACAUUAGUCGUCGUCAUUGGUUGCACUUUACAGCACGGAUACAGUGUGAAAGAAAAACAUUUUUUUCACGUUAAUUCGCCAAACAUGUUAACUAUUACCUGCCUAAUAAAUACAGUUAGAUAACAAUAUAUCCAUUAUUUCUCUCGGUUUGUGUUAAAAAUGAUCUAGUGAAAAUUUAUUGAUAUAAAAUAAAUUAAUUUUUAUAGUAUUUUAUUUCUAUUGAAGUAUAUGUUCUCGUCAUUUAUUAGGCCUAUGGAUUUUAUAUCAGAUCUUUUAAAUUCAAGUGACAGGCAAAGUCGAUUAAGUCAAGAAAGAAUUAACUUGGUAGAGAAAUUAAUGGGAGACUUGUGCUUUCAAUUUGCAAGUUAUGCUAGGACAAUGGGAAAACUCAGACAUAAGGGAGAUGUUUUAGCAAGAAGCAUUUUAAAAUUUGCUGAAAGUGAAAACUUCAACUUGACAUUGAGAAACAGUUUGAUAUCUUUUGCAGGAGAAUUGUCUUGCAUGCAAGAUUAUAGAGAGGUUGAAGUGAAACGUCUUGAAGCCAAAGUCAUUGAACAUCUAUCAGCAUAUGGAACAAUUUGUAAACAUGCUAGAGAUAAUAUAAGAGCUAAUGUAUCUAUAAAAAGUAAAGAAGUUAAUCGAAAACAUCAGCUAGAGAAAAUUCAGAAACACACACCAACCAUCUCGCAUGGAACUUCUUUGGUAGAAAAUGAAUAUUGGAGAGGAACUUUUGAUUGUAACUGGUUACACAAAGUUCUAGAAGAACAAGUAAAUGACUUUGAAUACAGGAAAAUUUCUGAUAUUAAGAUAAUGUUCACUGAAUUUGUAAAUAUUGAACUAAUUUUCCAUGCCAAGGCUUUGGAAAUUCUCACAAGAGCUUACGGUUAUCUUCAAGAAAUAGAUGAAAAACAAGAUCUUGAGGAAUUCAGAAACAGAACAUCUCAUUUUAAAGCUGUCUGUGCUGCAGUGAUCCCAUCUAAAUUGGGAUUACCAAUUGACCAGUCCCAAAAUUUUCCAGAAAGAACUCAAGUAAACAAAAAACACAAAUUACAAAGAGGCCACAUCACACUCAAGCCAGAAAAUGAUGAACUUCACACAGAAGACUCAGAUACAAAUGGAAAUUUGCAUCCAGUGGAAAAACAUCAUGAAAGUUUAUUCCAUAAAAGACAUUAGCUUUCUCUAGUGUGAAGUAGAGUACAUCUGUACUUAGACAUGUAGAUUUCUAAUUGCUACACGACACUGAUUUUCCUACUUAGUGUUGUUUUAGGUAUGUCUUUGUUUGUUUCAGUUUCCCAGUGAAAUUAUUCUAAGUAUUCCGGGUGUUAUAUCAUCUGUGUGCAAAUUUGUACCUGUGGGUUAUUUGUCUUUGUUUUGUAGGAUUGUGUUCUUUGGUUCUUGACUGAAAUGCUACUACCCAACAAAUUUACUAGACAGUCAAUUCUUAGUGAAGUAAAAUCUUGCCUUUGAACCUUGAGAUGGAAGUCUGUUGUGCUGUGGUCUCUUUCUUAAACUCUUCACUGCAUGCCCUAUAUGAGUUUAAACUGUUUUUCUCUAAUGUGUCUACUUCUGGACUUUUUUUGUUCAUAUAGUGAGAUAACAUCA